GGAAGGACUGCAGCGCGGGACGCUCUAGUCGGCAGAGUUCUCCUCGCAGGCCCCCGGACCCGCCCCGAGAUGUCGUACAUGCUCCCGCACCUGCACAACGGCUGGCAGGUGGACCAGGCCAUCCUGUCGGAGGAGGACCGCGUGGUGGUCAUCCGCUUCGGGCACGACUGGGACCCCACCUGCAUGAAGAUGGACGAGGUGCUCUACAGCAUCGCCGAGAAGGUUAAAAAUUUCGCAGUUAUCUAUCUUGUGGAUAUCACAGAAGUGCCUGACUUCAACAAGAUGUACGAGUUGUACGACCCGUGUACUGUCAUGUUUUUCUUCAGGAACAAACACAUCAUGAUCGACCUGGGUACGGGUAACAACAACAAGAUCAACUGGGCCAUGGAAGACAAACAGGAAAUGAUAGACAUCAUCGAGACUGUGUACCGGGGCGCGCGGAAAGGCCGUGGCCUGGUCGUUUCUCCAAAGGAUUACUCCACAAAGUACAGAUACUGAGCUCGGCCUGGUCUCUGUGCACAGGAGUGGCGUGGAGUCGUUUUCAUGUGGAAAUAUUGGAAACUAUUUAAAGCCUUAGGGCAAGCGUUUGGAAGAGGAUAUGAAGAUCACAGGGUUGGUUGGAGGGUCCUUUCUGUAGGGGUUGCAUGGCCUCAACUCUCCGCCUGCCUGGCUGUUGUAUUUUUUUUUUU